UGUUUUCUUCCAUCCAAACGACGCCGUUCUGCACUUCGUUCUGGGUUCUCCUUUCUGCUCCACUCAACGACAGAGAAGAGGCGGAGCUGCAACAAUCGUAGCGAAAGCAGACGACGACAAAUCUACACUGAGACCCGGACUUCAUCACACAAUAAAAGUGUGGUUGCUAUAGGAGCCAUUAUCCUUUCAAAAUGAGUUUUGGUGCCUUGAGAAACAUCAUCCGACCUCUCUCAAGAACCCUUGUUUCUCUAACUUCCUCCGCCGGCCCAACAGCACCACGGUCAUUUUUGGUUCCACCUCCAGCUUCAAGACCCGAUUUACAAUCCCUCUUUGGCGUGUUGGCUUACAGACAGUCUCUAUGGAUCCCCAUUUCAAGCCAUUUUCAUAGCUUAACUGACACCCGAUAUCCGAAGAGGAGACCUGUUGAUAAACCCCGUCGAAAAAGGGCCAGCUUGAGACCUCCAGGGCCAUAUGCUUGGGUCCAGUACGUGCCAGGGCAGCCGAUUUCUCCCAACAAUCCCAAUGAAGGAAGUGUCAAGAGAAGGAAUGAGAAGAAACGCAUGAGGCUGCGGCGCGAGUUUAUACUGGCGGAGGCAAAGAAGCGGAAAGCUCAGUUGCAGGAGGCUAAAAGGAAAAAGAGAAUUAAGAGUGUGGAGCGUAAGAUGGCUGCAGUGGCAAGGGAAAGAGCAUGGCAAGAAAGACUGGCAGAGUUGCAUUGCAGCGAAGCACCAGGCGUUCAAUUUACUGUCACUUGA